AUUUACAUGCAUUUAUGCAAUUAUUAAAUCCAUCAAGGCAGUUUAUGAGUCAGUAAUAAAAGUGAGUUAGAUUAGAAAAAUAAAUAUGUGACAAGUUUACUAACUGGGUUAUGAACAAUAAAGACGUGAAUCAAUGUUCCAUGAUAUGAAGUAAGGUAAUGACUUGAAAAAUAUAUAAGAUUACGUAAUAAGAAUUGUUCAAAUAAUUGGACACUGAAUAGGAUAUAUUAAAAAUGGGGGAUGGAAAAUUUAAACAAUCAGAGAAUGUGGAAAAAAUAAAUGUUAGUUAUGAUGAAGGUGAAAGAAAUGUAACCGAUGCACGAUGCUGUGGUAUAUCUUGUUAUAAUACACCUGUAUGUUUAUCUUACUACAGUUUAAUGUGUCAAUCAAAUAAAACGAAAAGCAACACAUUGGAAGAUAAAAUUUGUAUGGAUGGUAAUACAUUUCAAAUAUCAAUAACACCGGAAUUCGAUUUUCAUAAUGGCACAUUUAUGUGUCAUUUAAAACAAGCCAAUUAUUCACGUGGAUUUCGAUUAAAAUUCUCAUUAAAUUUAUCUGAACUUAUUAAACGAAAGCUUUCUGACAACUAUGUGAAUACUCAUACGUCACUUUCAGUUGAAAGUCAACACAAUUUCGGUACUUCUGAAAAAUACAGGCUAAAUAUCAAUGCACUCGAUGUUGAAAUUUUAGUUGACGAACCCAAUAAAAGUGUAUUCCAUAGUUUCAAAGAGGCUAUACUAUUGGGUCGAAAGGUGAAAAAAUAUAAUGCCUAUGAAUUUUUUGUACAUAAACCUCCAUCAGCAACUGGGAUUAAAAGCAUUCAGUCGUCUGUUGAACAUGUCCUACAUACAGAUUCAGCAUUUACAACGAUACAAAGUAAUAAACCACAUGCAUUUAGUUCUAUAAAUUGGAAGCAGAAAGGCUGUGAUUUAGAUAUUUUUCAAAAUAUCAAGGUAACAAAAGCAUUGUCUGAGUUCCUUUCGAAAGGUUAUCCAGUUGACAUUUAUCCUGCAUCAAAUGUCAAAACAAACACACUACGUUCAAUGUCAGGUAAAGAAGACAAUGUUUAUUCGAAUAUACUGCACAGAUUUCGACUAAACGAUAAACAUGCAACUUUACCAAGAGCAAACAUUAAACUGUCAGGUAAUCAUUCAGUAUUACGAUCAGUAUUUUGUAAUAAUAAAAACUUCCCAACUAACUUCAACUUACAUACAAUUACGGAGGGAAAAUCAAUAGGACAAUAUCGAAUUACACGUAAAGUAGUAGAAGCAUCAGUGAAAUUCGUAACUAAUUCAUUAGGUAAAGAAAUACUUCAUAUUCUUGUGACAGGUUACGUGACAGGAACGCCAGCGUACAUCAAUUUCAAACUCAUUUGGCCUGCAAACUCGUUGAUUCUAAGUAACCAUGAUGUUGUUGUAUUGAAUUCACAAACAAAAGAUUACUUUAAACCAAAUCAAAAGAUAGAAUCAUUUCACAUAACUUAUCAGAUUGAUAUUAAUUCAAUCAACGAGAUUCCAUUAUUUCCGUCACCGUUCCAGUCAACAUUAAUUUUUGAUCUAAUUAUCCAAGAGUGUGAUGCCAAUAUCGGAUUAAGAAUAUACAGUCCACUUUUCAGCUAUCGAAAUAAAGACAAAAUGCUUCAGGGUAGUGUUGUUAAAGGAUCAAUAGUUAGCAUACAUUCGAACAAGAGCACAGUGGAAGAAUCAUCACACUGGGUUAUGUUCAGUCCUUUAUUAUUUAUUACGAUUGGAAUUAGUUUGCUUUAUUUUUUGGUGCUGAUUAUAUUUGUAUAUAUAAAACAUUGUAUCAUAUCAAACAAAGGAUAUCCGAUUUCGGUUGAAUAUCAGAAACAAAUUAGUAAUAAUCAUUAUGGUAAUGACCUACAGUACCAUCAAUUACUACUUCAUCCAUUUCCUAUCAAGCUGAAUAAUCGUACUUUGUAUUACACAACAUCAAGAAAAGGUGAAGAUUACAUUCAAACAUUUCCUCCAACUAGACAAACCUUAUAUCAUCCCACCAUCGUUGAGAAACAUCCCUAUCAUCACUAUGGUAAUGAGUCACAGAGCUCUUACCGAAAAUUCUCAUCGAAUUCUACCUGGCUCAAUCAUGACACAUGGAAUACGAAUAACUCACAAAUAAAACGAAUAUUUUUAUUUACACAUCUUGCAUUCCGUGUCUUUUAUACCUUUCUAUUUACAUUCAGUGUUGCUGUCUCCUUAAUAUUUAGUUUACAACCUUCAGGUAGGAUUUCAACAUUUGAUAAUAUUUUACAAUGGCCAAAAAUAAAUCGAGAGUCAAUAGAGUUCAAUUCACUUCACAGUAGUAUGCACAGGCCAUCACGAAUAUCAGUUUUAACAGCAUCAUCCUUGCCAAUGCAUGAAACAGAAUUGGAUCAGAUUCAUCUAGUUGGUCCAAUUUUAAGGCUUCAAGCUGAAGUUCAUUGGAUAGAAGAAUUUACUGAACAAGAAUUAAAAAGACAACUUGAUUACGUUGAACGUAUGAAAUUAGCUUGUCAGCACGCUAUGACAGUUGAAUUGACAGAUGCUCUCAGAGAAGGUAGACAUUUGGUAAAUACUAGGCUUGAAAAAUGGCAAUUUAAUAGUACAUCACAAAAUACUGAUACUUUAAACGACAGCACACUACGUUCUGUCAACGAAUUAGCAAAUAUUCAUUUCAACAAACAACGUACAUUAUUUGAUCAUUUAUAUGAACAAAUGAGUCAAAAGUUAGAUUUCCGUAAUUCUGAAUCUUAUAAGAUCUAUACAAAUAUGCUUAAUUCUGUUUUUCAUUCUGGUUGGCUUCAAUAUGUUAAACGUAUGUUGAACACUUCAGAUAAUUUAGAAAGAAAUCCUAGACACUUUUCAAAUCACAAAGUACAUACAGAAACUAAACUUAACUUUCAUGACAGUAUGAGAAGAUAUUACGAAUUCGCUCAACAAAGAUCCGGUAUCAAAGCAUCAUAUGUCGCUUUAAUGAAUUAUAUGAAUUUUUACCAAGCUGAUGCUGUUCACCUGUUACCGUUACAGCUGCUUGAGAAUCUUAAGAAAGUAUUCAAUUCUCCGAAUCAUUAUCGUUCACUGUUUCACUUAUCCCCAGAAGCAUCUAGUCAUUCCAUGAAUUCUGAGGUUAAUUUUAAAACACAUCAUCAAGUAAAUAGUUUUAAAACUUUACAAAUUCAAAAAACACAACAAGAACGUGUAUUUCUAACAACAAAUGAUUUGGAAGAAUAUACCGAUGGUACAAUUAGUUCAGUGAGUGAUAAAUUUACACAGGACAUUUUCAACGAACAAAAUACUUUUAUUUCAGAAAAUUUUAUUCAAUAUAUUAAAUACAAUACUCAACAAAGUGUUCAAAGUCAAUUGAACUAUCCAAACAAACAUCCAAUGUUACCAGUGAUGACUUUAACACAUAUUCGUUUAAGUUUACUAAUUUUAGACUGUUUCAUUAUUGCUUACAGAUUUUUUCAUACAUAUAAAAUCUUGAAAGCUUUUUGGACAGGUCAAACUUUAUUUGUCGAUGCAUCAAGUUGGUUAGAGAGACAAACACACACCACUUUAGAUAAUGAAAGAGACAAUGGAAAUUUUCAUGAAGCAAACAAAACAAUAAAUGAACCGUUUGACAGUCAUUCAUGUAGAAAUUCUGCAGGAAAAGAAAAAUGUCUGCAAUCAAAUUUGCCUGAUUUUAAUGAAACACCGAAUAAACGUUUUUCAAGAACAGCAUUAUUUCAAUGUCUCCCACAACAUCAAAAUCUAUAUGAAUGUCGACAUGAAAAGCAGGCAUUGUAUCAACCAUCGAUGUAUUUAUCUGGAAUCCCUAGAAAUUCUCAAUCUUCAGAAACGACAUCCUCAUCGAUCAUUUCCAAUCAAGUCAUUGAUUCACAAAGUAAAAAUAAAUCAAAACAGCACUUUCGCUUAAAUUUUUUAUGUGACCCCUCAAAACAAAAUCUAUGUGAAGCACUUCCUGACAGUUCAUUGAUUCCUAUUGGACCACCAUUAUGCCUACCACCAUCAUCAUCUUUUGGUAUUGAACAAAAUGCCUGUUGCAUGUUAGGCAUACGAAGUGCAUGCUGUAGAAAGUCACAUUACAUUAGCUCAGUGAUUGGAUUCACUGUGAUCGUUUUAUUAUUCGGUUUAGUACUAGUCCAAAUGUACAAACCACAUGUAGCAAUGCCAAAAAAAGUAUCAGCACCAACAUCAACCUAUUCCAAACAGAGCAGUUCACAACUUUUAGCAAACAAAAUUCCAAAUUUAUCAACUCCAAUAAGUUUUUUUCUUCCUUAUUAUGAAUUGUUGAUCCAUGACCAUAGUAAUCGAUUAAAUCAAGAUUGGCUUGAAUGGACAAAACGUAAUGAGUUGGCUAUGCGUGGACGCGUACUCAACUAUCUGUCCAGAUUUAAACAUGAAUUGAAUUACCUCGAUCAACAAAUGGACACAGAAAAUUCAGUUGUUCAAUCACUUCUCACUCAAGUUGAAUCAUCAUCUCCAAUAAUUAAAUCAGAAAAGUCCGACAACAAACCAACAAAUUAUCCUACCUCACCCAUUUUUAAUUCAGAAUUUUUAUUUCGUCAACAGAUUUGCCAUUUUUUACCAGUAAUAUCAGUUCCAAUAAACGAAGAAAACAUUUCUUCGAAUAAAGAAGGUAUUAUAACUUCACUGCAUAAAAAAAUAAGACCGAACAAUAUUAAACGAAUUAUCUGGACUUCCGCGAUCAGUACAUUCGUAGAUUUUGAUUGGAAUAGUGAAGAACAAGCAAAUAAUUUAUUUGUAACAGCAAUUAUUGUCGGAAUAGUAAUGAUUAGUUGUAUUGGUAUAGUCGAUGUAGGUGGCAAAAUCUUAAAAAUAUUAUAUAUCAACCCAACAGUCUCUAUGUCUGAUAUAAAAAAGUGGAAAAGUCAUUCAAAAGCACCAAGUAACACAGAAGAAUCAUUCAACUAUGUUCGAAAUAUUGAGAAUAUUAUUCUUAUAUCACCUCAGCCAGCACCGAUUAUUCCAUGGCCUACAAAACCAUUAUUAAAAAUGAGUAGUCAACUUAGCCCCACAAACAGAGAGAAAUUAAGUCCUGAAUCUUCAGUAUCGGUAAUUAAAGAACCAGAAAAUCAACUUCCUUUAACUGCUUUUUAUUUAGAUUCUAAUCUUGUUUUAACACAAAGUAAUACAACACCUAUUAUAAAUAAUAAAACAGUUCAACUUGAUGAUAUUUCACAUUCCUUACCUGUUUUCAUUGCUCAUUCACCAUCAUCAACACCUGUUAUUGCAUUAAAAACGGAUUCUUGGGCUUCCACUAAUCAACUCUCAGGCAUAUUCUUUGAAAAAACAUGAGCAGAACACUUGUGUUUUCUCUUUAUAAUCUACCUGUGUAAAUUUUUCCAGUUACUAUAUGUAUUUUCUUCCUUUCUUUGUUGAGUUUCCUUGUAUUUAUUAUAAAUAUUCGUAUUAAAGUUUUCUAUUAAUACUUAGUGGAUGGAUUAGCAGAGAAGUUUCAGCCUCGUAUGUUAAUAAAUUAUAUAUAUAAUUUGAAAAUACACUUUACGUUCA